AUUAACAUGGCUCCAGUAAACCGGCCAGCCCCUGUGGAAGUCACAUACAGGAACAUGAGAUUUCUUAUUACACACAGUCCAACCAGUGCAACCUUAAACAAAUUUAUAGAAGAACUUAAGAAAUACGGAGUUACUACAAUAGUAAGAGUAUGUGAAGCCACCUACGACACUGCUCUUGUGGAGAAAGAAGGCAUCCAGGUUCUGGAUUGGCCUUUUGAUGAUGGGUCAUCACCAUCUAACCAGAUUGUGGAUGACUGGUUAACUCUUGUAAACAUUAAAUUUUGUGAAGAACCUGGUUGUUGUAUUGCUGUUCAUUGUGUUGCAGGUCUUGGGAGAACUCCAGUGCUUGUUGCCCUAGCACUAAUUGAAGGUGGAAUGAAAAAUGAAGAUGCAGUACAGUUUAUAAGACAAAAGCGGCAUGGAGCUUUUAACAGCAAGCAACUUUUGUAUUUGGAGAAAUAUCGUUCUAAAAUGCGGCUGCGCUACAAAGACUCCAGUGGUCAUAGAAACAACUGUUGCAUUCAAUAAGACUUGGCUCCCUGAUGUUGUUGCCUUGGAAAUGGAACUUGAGACAGAACUUAAUUAUCAUACAUAUUAGCCAGCAUGUAGGCUUAAUGAAUGACAAGUCUAAUGAAGCUUCCAUAGGAAUCAUGAAAAAGCCACAAGCUUGACAGAAUUGCAGCCUCUAUGUUUGGCUUCAUACUAUUCCCAUGCCAGAAAAAAUAUGUAAGAAAUUGAGAGAUUAGGUGCCAAAAUAUCCAGCACAAUACUUGUAUAUUUUUAGUAUCAUAUAUAAUUAAAAUCCUAGAAAUUAUGGACAGCACUGUAAACCAUAUGUGGUUUAUUCCUUUAGUCCUUUCAGACAUUGCAAGUAUGGCCUAUGUGGUUAUUUGUUCCUUCAUGUUUACCAUCCCACAUGAGCACCAGUAUACAUCAGGUUUUAGCAAAAAUUGAUUUUUAUUGGAUUCUUACCAAGACUUAGGGAAUUAUUUAAUGUAUUUCUAUUAAGCUCAUUUUGUGCUGUUAUAAAAACCUCCAUUUUGAAAAAUCACAAAUCUGUGGUUAAAAGUUCAUGUAAAAUACACAGCGUACAGAAGCACAUGUGUGAUGUCUUCAGACAAAAAAGUCUUAUAGUUACCUUAAUGUUUACACUUGGGGUGCAACUUAGAGGGGGAGGGCCUGAAGACAGAGUGGGAGGAGGCUAUGAAAUAUCUCUAGUAAAAUGUUUCCUUUGUCUUGUGCAGGAUGUAUAGAAUAGAUCUUUAAUUUAGCAAAAAAAAAUUCUUUUUAAGGCAGAGAUGCUUUAUAGCCCAAACUUUUCUUAUUUAUAAAAUUUCUGAAAUCGAAAUUCUUCACAUGUCUAUUGGAAGUUGUUUAUUAACUAUUUUUCUUUGAAGCAUAUUUUUUCUUGUCUUCCCAAUCAAGAGAAGUGGGUUUCUACUAAUGAAGUGAGUAGGCAUCUAAUAUUUUAUAUGCUUUUUGAACUGUGCAACUUUGUAUUUGGAUACCUGAUACUUUGUUUUAUUAUGUAAUUGAUAAAAUGGUGACCUGUAUUAAUGCUAGUUUAACCAUAUAUUCAUACUGUCUGGGAAUAUAGUUCUUCAGGAGAAAUAAUUUCAGUGUUCACCAUUCACCAGCUAGUACAAGAGCUUACCCAUCUAAAUAAAUAAUGAAUUGCAGGAGGGAGAAAGAGGCAGGAUGGUAGAAAUGCGUUAAUAUUGGUAAAAGUGGAAGCAAAGGCAUUACUAGAGAUAAAGAAAAUUUCAAAAGUUUCAAUUCACCAGGAAGUUACAACAAUUGUAAACUUUAUGCAUCAGACAACAUUGGUCCAAAAUCUAUAAAGCAAAUAUGGAGAGAACUAUAAGGAACAUUAACAAAUUUACAAUAGUGGUGGGAAAUUUUACUAUCCUUCUUUCAGAAACAGAUCAAGUAGACAAAAAUCAGUAAAGAUAUAGAUUUGAACAAAACAAUUAAAAAGCUUGAUUCCAUGAACAUAUAAGGGGCAUUGCAACUGACAGUGAGAAUCCAUAUUAUUUUUAGGAGUGCAUGAAAUAUUUUAUUACAUUUGACCAUAAAAAUUUCAGCAAAUUUAAAAAUAUUUAAGUAAUACAAAUAACUUCUUUGACUACAAUUCAGCUAAGUUAGGAAGAAAGUUAAUAAUAUCCAUACAUUUGGAAUUUUGAAAAUCUGUGUCUAUAGACUUCCAGAUAGGGUAUAGUAGGUUGUGGCAUUCCACCACCUACUUAUAACAACCAGAAAAAUAAAGAAAAAUUUAUAAAGUAGUAUGUUUGAGGACAUGUGAGAGCUGUGAAAGCAACAAGAACUAGGUGAAAAGGAGUUCCAGAGAGGGAGGAGCUCUCCUGAGGUGAGUGGCCAUUCCCCACCUCCCCCCCACCCCGCCCCAUUGGGGGCAUUCACUGAUUCUGGACGUGGACAAAGAAUCAGACUUGGUCCAGGUAGAAGGUCUCUACUGAGGGAAAGAGAAACCCAGACAGGCUUUUGGUGGUCAUGUGGGACUGGUACAGCAGAUUGGAAAAUUGAGAAGUUUGGCCAUUUUCGUCCACAUGUUGCAAGUUGAGUUCCUCAGGAAACCUAUACUAAAUCUGAGAUUUGCAUUUGGAGAUUUACUGGGGAGUUGUUUCAACACCUGUGGGGGAGCAACAGAACCAGGAAAUGGCGGAAGUUGUUGAAUGGUGAUACAUACAGUUGUAAAACUGGCCUCAGCCAAUCUUGCAAGGAGCUCUGAAGCUGGGAUGACCACUUAUGGAUGUCCCCACUUGAGGUGAAGGGGUUGAAUGUUUGGACUUGAAUCAACCAGUCAUUGGAUGCAGGCUGUCCCUGGGGAUAAGGGCAUACCCUUGGAUGAAGUACCUUCCUUCAGCCAAGUGCAAUUCCCAGAGAGGGAUGCAGCUGUGAACCUUCAGCUGAUAAUACUUCUGGCAGAGUGUUUCAGACCUGCAGAGGGAUCUGGGUGGUGCAACCACAGCAUCCACUAUACUAAAUGACACUUGCUGAAUUCUGGGGCUAUGUAUGAGAGCCUGGGGAGUUAGAAUGAAGAUUUAAAAGACAGGGAAAUCUCCCUUAAUUUCAUAGUGCUUAGGAGACCUAUGCACUUAGAAGAGGGGUUCCAAUCUUCUCCAACACUGUAUUUUUUAUUAUAGCCAUUCUGUUAAGUGUGAAGUGAUAUCCCAUUGUGGUUUUAAUUUUCAAAUGACCAGUGAUAUUAAGCAUCUUUUCAUGUGCUUGUUAGCCAUUCACAUAUCUUUUGUAGUAAUAUGUCAAUUCAAACAUUUUGUCCACCUUUUUAAUUGGGUGGUUUUGUCAUUUUCUUAUUGAAUUAUAAAAGUUCUUCAUAUAUUCUGGACCCAAUGUCUUUAUCAGAUAUCUAAUUUGCAAGUAUUUUCUCUCAGUCUGUUGCUUGUUGUUUUCUAUCUUAAUGGUAUGUUUCAAGAGCAAAACUAAAAAAAAUUGAAUUACAAUUUAUCAAUUUUUCUUUUAUAAAUCAUGCUUUUGAAUUUUAUCUAAGAACUCUCCUCAAUCAGAGUUUUCUGCUAUAUUUUCUUCUAGAAGUUUUAUAGCUUUAGCUUACAUUUGGGUCUGUGAUCUAUUUUAAAUUAAUUUCUGUGUAUGGUGUGAAGUAAAUCUCUUUUUGUAAUUUUUUUAUUUUUUGAAUGUGGAUAUUCAGGUGUCACAGUAUCACUGAAGUAUUUUGGUAGCUUUUUGAAAGUCAGUUUACCAUAAAAGUAAGGACUUAGUUGUGAAUUCUCAGUUCUUUUCCCCUGAUACAUUUCCAUUGAUCUACAUAACCACACAGUCUUGAUUAUCGUAGUUUUAUAGUAAGUUUUGAAAUUGGAUAGUGUACUUUUUCUUUUCAAAAGAUUUGGCUAUUUUAGAUCCUUUCCACUUCCAUAUAAAUUUUAGGAUCGGCCUGUCAAUUUCUACAAAAAAAAAAAAAAAA